AUGAGUAUCCUAGGAUUGGUUUAAAUUGAUUAAAUUUAGUUUGGGCUAAAUACUUACAUAAUUAUUAUGUUUAAGAUCCCAAAACAGUUUUUUUUAAAUUAAAAGUGUAAUAUCAAAUACUCCAUUAUUUUAUAAUUUAAAAUAAAGCUAACUAUAAUUCACGAUCUAGCCACUCUAGGAUCUGUAGCCUAGAUAAGUAAAUUAUCCUUUUACUUUUUAUAGUAACUUCCGAAGUUACUAUUGUAUGCUAAAGAUUAUGUACGUGUUAUAUUUGUAAAUUGAAUAAAUUUUUAAAUUUUAGGCAAUUUAGAUCUUGAAAGUUGUAUGAAAUAGAAGUUCUGUUAUUAUUAUUACUAUUUGUCAUGGAAGGAAACAAAGAUGAGUGUGAAAAGUGCAUUGAAUUAGCGUUGAAAUACCUCAAUGACGGAAAUACUGAGAAAGCUAUGAAAUUUUUAGAAAAAGCUGAACAAUUAUAUCCUACCGAUAGAGCUAAAGAUAUACUAGAUUUAUUAAAAAAGCUAAAUGAUUCUACGAGUCCUAAUAACAACAAAAACUGCCAAGGAGAGACACAUGGAAGUCCUACUUUCAGAAGACGCAAAACAUCAGGUUCUAGAACAUCAGAAGAACAUAAAGAAAGAAUGAAGAUAGAGUACACACAGGAGCAAGUUGAAGCUGUACAAAGGAUUAAGCAAUGUAAAAACUAUUAUGAAAUCUUGGGAGUGACAAAAGAGGCUGGUGAAUCAGAUUUAAAAAAACAGUACAGAAAACUGGCACUCCAAUUCCAUCCUGACAAAAAUAAAACUCCAGGAGCAGCUGAAGCAUUUAAAGCUAUUGGAAAUGCUUUUGCUGUAUUAAGUGAUACUGAAAAAAGAAAGCAAUAUGAUCUUUAUGGUUCUGAAGAGGCUCAAGCAAGAAGACAACAAAGCCGUACUUUUCAAGAUGGAUAUUAUGAAUACAGUCGAGGAUUUGAAGCUGACAUGUCUGCUGAAGAGCUAUUCAAUAUAUUUUUUGGGGGAGGAUAUCCUUCAGGUGGUGUAUAUGUUCGCCGAGGAAAUCGCUGGCACAGUAAUAGACAACAAAAUGAAACUCACAAUGAUCAAAGUGGUCACAGUGUGCUACUUCAGAUGAUGCCCAUUUUAAUCCUAGUGUGCCUGUCUCUCAUGAGCAGUUUUUUUGUUUCUGAGCCUGCUUACAGCCUUGUUCGAUCAUCGAAAUAUAUCUAUGAGAGGAAGACAAAUAACUUAAAGGUACCAUUUUAUGUAAAAGAAAAUUUUGCAAGUGAAUAUCAAGGAAGCAUCAGAAGAAUAGAAACCCAAGUAGAAGGUGAAUAUGUGACAAAUCUUCGGACAUCUUGUUUCAGGGAGAGGAAUUACAAGGAGAGCAUGAUAUGGCGAGCACGCAGUUUCCGUGACCGAGACCUUGAAGAGAAAGCGAAAAGGCUUGGGACACCUUCUUGUGAAGCUCUCAAUGAUUUGUAUAGUAGACAAGGAGGUUAAUAGUUUUGAUAAGAAAUGUAAAUAAUAUUCUUAAACACUCAAAUAAUUCUUUAAAGUUGUGUAGUGUAGUGUGAUUUAAGAAAGUUAUCCCAUCAUUCUUUGUAUAGUUUGACUUAUGAAGGCUGUUUCGUAGUGUUUUAAUUACCUCCCUUUACAGUGUAAUAUUGGUUCGGUAUUUGUAUGUUUUAAAUGCCAAUACUUUAAAUAAUUUUAAAGCCAUUUGUAAAAAUAAAAAGAAGCUGAGCCAUUAUAGAACUUAUAUAGGAUAUUCUGUUAGAAGGACCAUUUUUAAUGUUCAGGAUGGGCUGGGUCUGGCUUAGUGGUUAGCAUGCUGGACUGUGAAUCAAAGGUCCAUGAUUUGCCUCCAUAAAAUUUUACUCUUCUCCUGAAGCUGUGAGUACAUUAAAAGAGUUACAGCAAAUCCCACCAUUCAAUUAAAGUAGCCCAAAAGUUGGGAUUGGUAGCUAGCUGCCUUCCCUUUAGUCUAUCGUUUCAAAAUUAGGGGAAAAUAGUGUAGAUAGUUCUUAUGUAACUUUAAUUGAAUAUUGAAAACAAAAUUGUUCAACAUUCUAAAAAUCCUAUAAUAAUAAUAAAUAUAUAUAUAUUUGUAA